UGGGAUAAACCCUCCCAGUCUUGAGGAGGGAAGUGGGUGGUGGAGAUUCAAACUAAGGCAGGCUUUACAGUGAGUCAAACUCUCUCAAAGACAGAGUACAGACAGUCUGUGCAGCACUAAGAUAUGGGCUUACUGUGACUGAAACCUGGAUUGGCUUCUCUCUUAAACCCGAAAACAAAAAGAUUAAAAAGACAAACUUAGACUGAGAGUGAAAGUAAGAAAGAGACACAGCUUGUCCAGGAAGAUGGGGAACUGACCAAGACUUUGAAUCUUUAGUGUAGGGGGAGGGAAAGAGGAGCAAGGACAGGCCUGAGGAUACUACAGAUUGUGUUGCCAUGGAAACCAAAACCUGGAAGCGGACGCAAGGACCACAGAAGGUGGACGACUUCCCUUGACUGCAUCUUCAACGCGUUACUGUCCUGCCGCGCACUGUGGUGAGAGAAUGUUGUGGCGAAUAACUAUCCCAGUCAUACUGGCUGGGGUGCUCUGCAUCACAGCAGAGACCAAAAAGUCUCGGCCCCAAGGAUCUAUCCCAUCUCCACACAAGACCAAAGGGAACCUGUCCUCAGAGCGCCACCAUCGGCUAUUGCAGCAGAAACCGGAAGUGCUAUCCUCCAGCCGGGAGGCCUUGGUGGUCACAGAGCGCCGCUACCUCCGCAGAGACUGGUGCAAGACCCAACCCCUCCGCCAGACAAUCAGUGAGGAGGGUUGUCACAGCCGCACUGUGGUCAACCGUUUUUGCUAUGGCCAGUGUAACUCCUUCUACAUCCCCCGCCAUAUGGGCCCCAGCUCAGGUCAGGGUCAGAGCCGAGGCCAAGCAUCAGGCUCCGGAAGGAAAGGCCACAAUAAGGCCCAAGAGCCGUUCCAGUCCUGCUCCUUCUGCAGGCCACAUCGCAUCACACAGCUCACAGUGCAGCUAGACUGCCCAGACCUGCAGCCCCCCUUCAGACACCGUAAGGUGCAGAGGGUCAAACAGUGUCGCUGUAUGUCUGUGGAUGUGGGCAGCCAUGGGAAACUGUGAAGGACUUAAAAGGUCUUUCAGAUGACAUCAUAUAACUAUUGUCAACAGCAGAAACUGACAAUCCUCGCCAAACAAGGACUGGCUUCAAGUUGAACUAUUGUGCAUUUUGUCGUACAAAUAAUGGCUUGUCCCACAAUAAAAUGACAUGAAGCAUGGAACCGGUAUUAUUAUGGAAAGACUCAACAUCGAUUUAUGACAGACUUGCAGCCAUGUUGACAAGCCAAAGCUGUUGAAAGAGACCGAUUCAAGUGGAUGUGCAAGUGGCACUGACGGAGCCAAUAUUUAACAAUGAAAACAUUUUUCCCCCUUGUUAUUUCAAGGAGUUACUAUUUACCUGACUAUUUGUACAUUUGUCACACCUCCUUUGUGAUAAAGAAAGUGUCUCAGAUUUUUAAAACCACAUUACUGACACUACUGAUAACAAAGUGUCUAAAUCGAAAACUGAACUGUAUAAAGAAUGACCCUAUUAAAAAGUUUCUCCACAGGUGGAUCUACAGCAAUUGCCACCAGUGCUUUUACCUGCAGGAGAUGUUGACAGUAUAUUUAAUUUGUUAUCCUGUAUCUUUUCCUAUCAUGUCUAUGAAUGAUACACAAGUUGAUGCCAGGGAAAAGAUUUCAAGAAACAUGAAAGAACACCACGAUGACCAGCGGCAUCCAGCCGCUUGAGCAACUCUGGCUGUAUACCGUGCAUUCGCCACAAACAUACAAGCCAGCAGGAAAAACAUACUGCAGCAUGUGUAACAGAGGUGCAAUGCAAUAUAUACAGUAUCUAUUUUAUGUAUGUGUGUAUGUAUGUAUGUGAAAAGUAUAUUAAAUCUAUUUCAUAUAAAACAA